CGCGCGUGCCUGCGUCGGCUGGCCCACUUUUCGCCGCGCGAUGGCCGACGUCCGUCCGUCCCUGGACUUGUACGAGCGACGCUCGGGCGUCUUCUCGUCUGCGUCGCCGUUCACCGAGGCCAGCUUUGAUGUGACCCAGAGCAUUCGGCUCACGGGACUGGGUGGUGCCUUGCGGCCGGGUGGCGCGCCCGCGUACACGAGCCCGGCCGUGCUCGCGCUCCUCGCACAGUACGUCGCGAUCGGUCUGCUCUACGGGUCGCUCCCGAAUCUCUUAUACCCGUAUUUUACGGGCUAUUUUCACGUCCAAGGCCAUCAGUACAACUCGGCCAAGACGCUCCUCACGCUCGGCUGGUCGCUCAAGGUGUUUGUCGGUAUUCUCUCCGACUGCCGGGAGCCAAUGGCGACGCGUGGGCGCAUGCAGUCGCUCGUGUACAUGACACGGACGCUGGCGUCGGCAGUCGCGGCCGCGGUCGUCGGCGUCGGGUUGAACUCGAACCACUUUGCCGGCAACUAUUCGUGGGACAUGGGCGUCAACACGAUCUUCGUCCUUCUAGCACUCGUGCCGUGUGCGAUCAUGCUGCCCAUCACCGCGUUCUUUGUCGUCGACGAGACGCACCCGGACCACGAGCACCACGAGCACGACCGUGUGACGUUUGCCGACUACUUAGCGCAGUGCUGGGCGCUCGUCCAGAAGCGCGUGACGUGGCAAGUGAUGCUCUUCAACUUUCUCUUCAACUUUUUCAACGCUGGCAUGGCGUCGACGGCCGCGCCGUACGUCAUGCUGCACUGGGCGCACGUCGAAAACCUCAACAGCCAGCUCGUUACGAUCGGCGGCAACCUCCUCUUUGCCGGCGCGCUCGCCGUCAUGGGCCGCUUCGGGACCAUGUGGAACUGGCAUAUCGUCUUAUUGCUCACGACGCUCAGUGCCAACGGCAUUGACGCCAUCGUGCAGUUUGCGACCAUCUACAAUGUGGUCCGCAACCAGUGGUUCUACCUCGGCGUGCCCCUGACCGAGAACCUCCCGUACGCGAUGCAGUUUAUCGUCUCUUCGUUUCUCAUUGUCGAGCUCGCCGACAUUGGCAACGAAGGCGUCUUGUACGGGCUCAUGACGACCGUCUCGAACCUCCCGGCGUCCUUUGGCCCGGUCGUCGCCAACGCCAUUUUUGCGCACUUUGACGUUGACGAAGCUGCGAUCGUGGCCGACUCGGACCACGUCCGGCACCAAGUCGCUUCGACGUAUGCAAUUUACUAUGGCACAACGCUCCUUGCGUGCGCAAGCGUCGCGCUUUUGCCCAACCAAAAGCCCGCCCUCCACCGCCUCCAGAUGCUGGACCGCGCGCCGUACCCAUAUGUGGGUGGUGGCAUCCUCCUCUUGUGUGCAGUCGUGCUUGUCUACUCGAUCGCAGCGAGCCUCCUCUCGAUGUUUGACGCGACGAGCUGCCUCGUCAUCGCCGGUGGGAAAGGCUGCAUGCCGCGCCCGUUCAAGUAG